AUGAGAAUGAAGAAAGUUUCGGUGGCUGAGGAAAACAAUGGAAAAGCUCAAGGAAAAGAGGGAAGCAAGCUUAACAGGUGAGAAUUUCUACGUUAGAUUACGGGAUUGUUAGCGAUUCUUCUGCUUGUUGUAACGCGAACGAAGCACAGUUUUAUAACAACAGAAAUCUGUCUUCGACAUCGUUAAAUCCUACCAAAGUCUUUCCAGUUACUUUUAGCUCCCAAAAAUUAGCAGUUUGGGGGCAAAAAUCAUUUCGAGAACAAGCGCGUUUUAGCCUUUCUUAAAUCUGAACACGUACGAAAAGUAUAUUGAAAUUAAUCGACAUUGCUCGCUCUUCUUGCGUGAUCGCAUAAACGAUAGAGUAAGAAUUUAAAUAAGUAGUUGCGAGUUACUACAUUUCUUCCUAGGGUAAACGUUUUCUACUUAUUUCCAGCAUUUUCAUCAUGCAGAGUCAAAUGAUGAAAGAACUUGGGUGAAAGUUGAAAGUGAUACUUUUGAACGUAUAAUUUUACCAAUUUGUACCUUGCCAUAUCAAACGACUCGCUGAGCUGUUUGAUGUUGUGUUUAAUGGAAAUUAAAUUCAGUUUUGAAUAUAGAAUAUCGAUGGAACAUUGUGGUAUUUCUCUACAUAUUCGUGUACCUGAAUAGUUUACGUUGGAUUAAAAAGAACUUGGCUAAGCGUAACAAAGUUAAUAAUAUGCACAUGCAGAAACAUACAAUAAAUGGAAAAAUUCUACCCAACAAGGUAAAUUUAACUUUUUGCAGUUAUGACAGGCCUAAAUCACGUCUUGGAUUUUAAACUUUUUCCUAAACAAAAAUUAAAAAUAAAAAAAGCCAAUUUAGGUUUCUGAUUGUGCUUCCCAUUAUGUACAGGGAAUUCAUUUAUUGUUUUUUACAAGUGUAAAUCAAACUGAUGAUAAUCAAAAAGUGAUUGAUUAUGGCACAGCAGUAACAAUAGCAAUGAUCAGAUUGUUUAUUCAAUUUUCUUAGACUUGCAAAUUAAAUUUUAGAGUUAAUGGAUAUGAAAAAAAUUGUGCCUCAACACAUCAGUGACUCAUUUCUUUGUAGGUCCUCUAUGCAACUUGCAAAUAGAGUGGAUAUUCAGCUGAGGUCUGCAGUGGAAUGGCAAGAUCUUUUUCAUCCAGAUGCUGUUGUAUUGCGACAGAGGUACAGUAGUUACCUAUUUUCAUUUUUUCUUUAUAGAAAAUUAGACAUUUUUAACCAUUUAACUCCUAGGAGUGACCAAGAUAUACCAUACAAUAUCAAGUAGACAUUUAAUGAGAAUAUAUAAAAAUAUCAAUUACAGGAUAACCAUUUGAUCCAACACUAAGUUCUCAGAAUGAGAAUUGCAAGCAAUCUGUGGCUGAUAGUAGGGAGAACUACUGAUGAGAUCUUGGGAAUGAAAGAGUUAAUAACUGAUAAAGAUAUGGUGUUGAGUAUCAAUCAUAUUUUAUCAAGAAGGGAAAUCAUUACAAUGUCAUGUUUCCUUGCAUCAUCUUCAGAUAGUAGGUUAUUAGUGGUUUUAUGUCAUUUUUAGCUUUCCUCUUAAUCAUCUGUUGAGAAAAUUUUCCUCUUCACUGUUAAGAUUUUAAAAAUACCCUCUAAUCACCUUUGAAUGGUUUCCAGGCUUAGAGCCCAGUGCGAAAGCCUUAUUCUUCAUCAUUCCAAGGAGUAUGGCCGUAGGGCUGAAGAACGACUAUGGAGAAAGGUCUUCUACGAUGUCAUCCAGAAGCUCAGGAACCAUAGAAAGGUAAUGAAAAAAAUAAACCUCAUGUAAAGAAUAAACUACAGGGUUGUCAAUUAGGUAAUUUUUGCUAUCCUUGUUAAUUAAAUCACAUACUCUCUAACUCAAGAUCUGUUUUAGCUGGCCCCCAUUUUGUUGUAGUCAAGUGAUUAUAAGGGAAUUAGGUUCAGCAUAAUAUUCAUUUCUCAAUACAUUUGUCUGUUCUACAUUUACCUUCAUGUAUAAUAGUAUAUUGGAAUUAUGAAGAGAAUUGACAAGCUUAGAGGAGUAACACCACCUAUGCUAUUUUAAGGGUUAAUUAUUGUGUUGUGUUAGAUCCAAGAGGGUGAUACCCUUCCUCUAGAUGGAGUUCUCCGCACCCAUCUGUCCUCUGCAGCUGGAUAUUAUUACCACCUGUUGACUCAUCUUCAGCGGCGAUAUCACCUUGCUGCUGAUGGUAUAUUGUCUUGGGGUUUGCCAUCCAGGCACCAAGGUGAGAACUUGCUUUCUUUUAUUUACAUCAACUUUCAAUAACAUGGAUUUAUUAUUUAGUAAUUCCUUGCUUUGUUUAAAGUUAAUGCAAUUAUUUGGGAAUCUGUAAAUUACCCUGUGUUUCUUUAAUAUUGAGGACUGUGUCUAGUAGGCUUAGGAGAUUGAAGAUGAUUGCAUCAUUUGACUACAAUGACUAGAUGCUUCUGCCUUAUGCCAGAUGCUUUUGCCUUAUGUUUUCUGAAAAAUAAUCCUUUUUUUUUUUUUAACCACAGAGCAGAAUUCUCCUGUAGAAUUUCAAUGACCUCAGCUAUUUUUUCUUCAUACAAAAAAAAAAGUAUCCUGUUACUUUAUCCCUUUACACCCUAACAUCUGGUAUUAUAUUCUCUUUUCUGUUCUCUUUAUAUUUCCUAUGGGACUAACAAGAAGAAUUUGUUUCACAAUCAGAAGUUUCUUAAAUUGGUGAUCAUUUCCUUUAUUCUCAUGACCUUUACAUUUGAUUUGAGGAUGAUGCUGUAAAGAGAAAUCAGAAGCCAAUCACUCUAAGGAGUUGAAGGGUUAUAUCAUUCCUUUACCACUACAUUACUCGAUAAAAAUCCUUUGUUUUAUGGUCAACCCCUUUAACAAGGAAACUCCCUUGUGUUAGUAAUAUUAAACAAGGUCCUUUUUUUUUCAAAGCUGAAAAUCAGGAUGAAGAGGUCCAAUCCUGGGCAGUAAAAGCCUGUCAACGCUGUCUCAUAUUCCUUGGAGAUAUUGGUAAGAAUUCUUUUUAAGCAGAGCCCCAGGUUUAAUUUUUCAGGAAGUCGCUUUUGGUAACCUACAAUGAUACUUUAAAAUGGUCUCUAUCAUUAAAAAUUUGGUUGCCAAAUUUCUGCUCUAGAUUUAUCCCCCCAGCCCUCCCCAGUUUUUUCUGCUAAUAAAAAAAAACUGAUGUUGAUGGUAGGACAUUUCAUGUUCAACUACAUGCAUUAGGUAGUGAACUAAAAGAUGCUGUUGCAACACUUUCAUUUGCCAAAUUGGUAUGUUUACCCUCUUGCCAAUGAAAAGACUGUUAUGAUGGUUAAGAAAGAGAGAAUGAAGAAAUUCUGAUGACUGGAUGAGAAAAAAUUUUCUAUGAAGUCAGUUAGACCAAGUAACAAAUCAUGUUUAGUACAGUUUCAGUGUACUGCUCAGCUGAGAAAUAUCUCUCAUUUGAAGUGAGUUGAAAUAUUGGUUUUAAAACCUUCAAUAUGGUAUUAAACAUCUUGAAACAUUUGAUAUUUAGUCAUUAUACUUCUUACAGCAAAGUUAGGGCUAGAGUUAAAAAAGACUUGACUGACUGAAAGAGACUUGAUCACUACUCAUUUUAGGUUUAUGCGUAUUUGGGAGUUAUAAAAUGGUUGGUUGGCAUUUUUUCAUUUGAUAUUGGACCAAGGUCAAUUUUUUUCCCAAUUGGGGACUUCAAAAUUUUAGUUGCCAAAUGUAUUUCUCACUUACCACGGCAACCAAAAUGGUUGCAAUUUGGAGCUUUGUUAAGAAGGCAAUUCUUUUAGCCCAGGUAUAGUUGCUCAGAUUUCUUAGUAAAGAUAUGAUUUUCUUUCUACAGCACGGUAUCAAUCAGACAUUGAAGGAGAAGAUGCUAUUAAACUUGCUGAGAGGUUCUACUCUGAAGCAGCUCUCAUUAAUGUUGACAUAGGUGACAAAAAUUAAUUAAUUACAAUGAUUUCCUUGUGUUUAAAUGAGAACUGAUAACUUUAAUAUCUCUCUAUGCCUCUGGGCCCAGUUCAAAGCAUAGGUAAUGCCAUCUAAUGUAUAAAUCACUAUCCAGCAGAUACCCCUGGUACAUGUAAGUUUUAACAAAAUGUGCAGCAUCAUCCACUGGGUAGAGAUUAAUCCAAUGGAUGGUUAUUAUCCACCUUUCACACCAGAUGUAUGAAUUAUUUACCAAAAUUUUUUUCCUUUUCUUAGGCAUGCCUCAAAACCAACUUGGAACCCUUGCUGGCACGAAAGCUUAUGGCUGUGAGGGAGCCUAUUUUUACUUACGCUGGUGAGAUUUCACUUAAUUACCCUGUCCAGAGAUAUUGAUGUAUUGAGCAAGGGUAAUCUUGCUCAGUUACAAAGGAAUAAAAUGCAAAGUUCCCAGUGUUGUUUUUAUGACAAGAAAAUAGGAUUCAUAUUCCUUAGCUUGCCAAACUUUUUGCUAUCAUUGUUCUACAUUUACAAUAUAUGAUUAUGUUACUCCCUUUUUCAAAACAUGAGUACAAAGAUGCAUAGAUGAGAAUAAUUUCUAUGUACUACAUUUCAAGUCUACACAGCAAACUUAUGUUGGGAUGCAUGGAAUCUGUUGUUUUGCAGUUUGUUGUCCAAGGAGGUGUUUGAUGGUGCUGAAGGAAACUUGCUGAGAAUUUUUGAAAAGAACCGUUCCAUCCUGCAUAGGAUUAAAGAGUUGCCUUUGGAUGAGCCCAGACCCAAAGAAAGGUGAGUCGAUAUGCUAGCUGGAUUUCAACUUGUCGCACUAUUUGCGCUGGCAAUCAGCUGGUGUUCAGUUUAGCACCCCCUCCCAUACCUCAUACCUCCUUCCCCUGAUCGAAAGCUUUUAGAUUUUAGUUUUAUAAUAAUUAUUUUCAGUACGGUAUUGUCACAUCAUAAAAUAUACUUGUAUUUGAAGGCUUGUAUCAGUGUCCCUUUCAAGCUUGUAGAUUUUCAUGCCAAGAAAAGCAUACUAUUUACAAUAUCUAUGAAAUCUGGGCAAUGACAAAGGAGAACUUUAAGUUUGUACAAAGCCUACCCAGGGCUUAUACAAGUGUUUUUGUGCUGUAUAACCGUGCAUGUUUUUAUGGAUAAAUUUUUUUUCCUUUCAAACCAGAUUAAAGAGGUUUCUAGUCUACUUCUUGUACCUCCAAGAUGUGUUGUACCAGCAUGAGAAGUGAGUACAUGCAUCAAAGCAGUAGUCGUAAGAAUAUUGUACACAAUUUACGUACUGAACUUUUAAAAUUAUGUUUCAAAUCAAGUUCCUGAGUUCACAAUUAAUUUAGCAUGAGUCAGUUUAGAAUGGUGUAACAGGGACUUCUGAUCUUGGAAUGGGUUUUUUAUGGUAGUUGCCAUGUGUUUGUUAGUUUAAGUUGCCAUGUGCUUAAUGAAGCUGAUGCAAAAAUUUUUUUUGCAGUGAGGGGAAAAUUGGUUUUUAGUUUAUUUAUUGUGAAAAUGAACAGUAGCAUGCUUGUUGAAGAGUUUCCAAGAGUUAAUUUUCAUUUAUUGUGGUAAGGUUUAGCCAAGAAGGGUAUUGAGGAGGACUGUUGUGGGUUGGAAUAAGUCUAAGAGUAUUUGACCUUGGAAUAACUUUUUGGACUGUGACUAUGACCACUUGGGUUAUCCUUUGAAUUGUCACUCACUGUAGAAAAUAACAGACCUUUCUAUGACCACCUUGGCUGUGACAACCAGCUGACACUACCUCUUUUAAGCCAUUUGCCCCAAAUGACAUAUCUGUGAUUUCUUUAUUUAGUUCACCCGAGAUAAGCAGUGAAGACAUAGGUCAUCUUUGCCAGUCAGUAUUACAGGACUUCAGUAGUGUCCUAUCUGUAGAUCCAGCCUCCUCCACUCCAAGCCACAACUCAUCACUAGAAAAUGGUCUGAUUGCUGCUCAGGAAAAUGGCGGUCUGGAGCAUGACGUCACUGAAGACAUCGAUGACGUCAUAAGCAGCUCGCUUAUGGUGAAGCUGGUUGUCAUGGCGAUUGCAGCUGUGACCAGACUGCAGUCAAAGGGUGAGUGUCGACUGUUCUCUUACUGAUGAUGUGGUGUGUGACCUGUGGGUUGCAUAAAUGAUUUGUUGUAGACAAAGUGUUAACGUAGGUAGCCAUAAGGCAAAGUAAAGGAGAUUGAAUGAAGCUAGUCUGCGAGCAGGUCCUCAUUAGUAGGGCUUGGACACUAAUCGUAAGGGAAAGUAUGAGGCUUUGAGCAACGUGAGCCGGCGAGAUAUCUGCAAGGUGGACUCGCACUGAAAAUGGGUGCCAGACACCUGGCAAAUUUCUCUAACUCCCCGGCCGGUUUCAAAUCCUCCCCAAGUCUUUCCGCGGACGGAGAAACGCUUGUCGCGCAGCUGAAAUAAAGCCUUCACGAGCUGUUGAGUGACUUAGCUUGAACCUCUCCUGAUCUGAAAAAGUAUCGCCUUCAGAAUUCAUAAUGGAAAAUUUGAAAAAAAAAAUCUUGUUUUUUGUAUUCCGAGUUCAUGAUGUGGUUGUGAUAUAAGGUGUUCUUUAAUUUGGCAGGUUCUCAAGAGUCGUCGGUAGCAAUAGCUUUCACUUUAGCGUUCUUGUCUCUUCUUCUUCAACACUGUAUUUCGUCGUUAGAGAUUUACUUAGCUAAAGAACACUCCAACGCAGAACACCAAGUGAUGAACGGACCAGCAAAUACUGUGCUCUCACACAACGGGCUGAAUUCGGAAAAGUUGUCGAAACACGAUAAUUCCGUGACAGGAAUUACAGCGCAAAGUAAUUUAAACCGAAACAAAGCAAUCAAGAACGUCUUGAAACAUCGGCGACGAAGAAGGAGGCGAAGAAAUAUCGAUUACAGCUUUGACAGCUACAGUGGCAGCGGAAGUGAUUUGGAGGAGUCGGAAGACAAUGAAGAAGACGAAGACAGCGACUUGAGUGAAGGCGGAGAAAUGGACGGGGAGUUGGAGGAUUUGGUCAGCGAUGAAGAUGACAGUGAAGAUGUUUAUGUAGAAAGUGAAUCGGACGAAGAGGGUAGUAACACUGGAUCCCUGCCAAAGGCGAUGUCCACCGCUGCAAAUGUACGACAUCUGAUGAAGGAAACACAGCAUAAACCCGCAGACAAGUCGCUUUGUCAUCAAACUGCUUCAGAGAAGCUGGGGUUUAGAGCGAGUCUAUUGGGACAGAAUGGGAUUUCAGUGGGGAAAGUUUUCAGGCCUGAUCUGUUCAGUGAUGUGAGCGACGCAGAAACAGGUAACAGAACAAAUUUCCAUUAAUGGACUUGAAUCCUUAUCGUUCUGUAUACAUAGAUUAAGUUCCAAAAGAUUCAUUUAUGAAAGUUUUCUGCGUGCUUUACGUUUAAAAUCAAAAUUACAAUUUUAUUUUUUGCCCAAAAUUCUCUCAGGCGUUUAGUUCGUCCGAGCAGUUCAUAUCUUGGUUAGCUCGCUAGUACUUUGUUUGGUUGACUGGAUAGCGCUGUUUUGUUUUUCUUUUCGCCCUGUGGUUUCGAUGGUUUGUUUGUUUGUCUGUUUUUAUAGCAUCCGGGGUGCCACAAGCGACGUAUUUUGUCUUUGGGUGACUUGUCUAACUUCAUAAUUUGGUAUUUUUAACUGAAUUUAUGACGUAAAAUUGGCCACCGUUAAGAGUUUCUUUGUUAGCUGUGAAACUCUUAGCGGUGGGCAAUUUACGUGAUGAACUCAGUUGAUAAUACCAAAUUACCGUGUUAUACUCUCCCACAGACGCAGCACCACAGUUUCUUUAGAAACGCACCCCUUUUAUUCAUUUUCCUAACGUCAGUUUGCUUUUGUAAAAGCUUUUAAGUGCUUGGCAACCCAGAUUUCCUAAACAGAGCCCCCUGCUGUAAGUCGGUAGAUCUUUUGCUCUACAUGGUGAGAUCAGUCAUCCGAGGUUGAAGUACUACUCUGUAAAAGAGCAACGGAGAACCAUUUAGUCAGCUUAAUGAAUGUUGUAAAUUACACUGGUUUUCUUUAUUAUUAUAAUUAUUAUUAUUAUUUAUUAUCUCUGAAGAGUCUUCAGUGGCCUCAAGAGCUGAAAUACUUCGAGAUUGUGUAGAAUCCAACUUGCUGAAGGCCAUAGCCAAUCAGAAGCUCUUACCUGCCAUCAAGGUGAUGACUGACUGGCUGCGACUCAACGGAGAACUGGUGAUGACUUGUGUUGAGGUAGAACACUUCAUGCAAAUAAUUUUGUUGAAGUUCGAAAAUGAUCGCCAUGAUGUAGUGAAGGGGGGGUUGGGGAGAAAAGCGUUCGCCUGUCAUUGCGGUAGCCUGUGUUCUAUUGCCGAAGUAGAUGUUUCUUGUGGUUUGAAUUUGUUUUCCUUGCUUGUAAGAAUUUCCUCCAGUUUUCCUCUCUUUACGGGAAAAAAAACCUUUCAAAUGGUGACUCGACCUAACAUCAGAUAAUAAGGCUUGAAGAGCUACCCCUCACAAGCUUACAAACCUCUGGCUUCGUACGACAGAAAUUUCAAAAUACCUUCUGCAAACGGCUGGCUUUGAACGACAAAAAUUUCAACCGUAGAAGUUUGCCUUUGCCUUUGAAUUCAUGGUUGAGCUCUUCUUCGUUGUUGUCUUAGAGCCUCAGCUCCCUGUGGUCAAGACUGGCUGUUCUACUGAACAAGUUUCCAUCGCCAGAGCAAAUGAUUGUUGCAGGUAGGCAAUGCUGAUGGCAUUUAACUUACCAAUCUGGAUCAGUCGCCGUAAAAUAACAUUAGAAAUUAAGUUAAUUUUAGAGGUUAUUUCAUUCGUUUUUAUUGUCCUAUCUUUUCAUAUUUUUGUUUGGUAAGUUCCAUUAACAAGACUGCAAACAUGGCAAAGUGUUCUUGACGAGCCGCUCGAUAAGGACUGGGUCCAAACACGUGGUCUACCAGAAGACAUGUCUCUGUUAGGAUUUACUCCACUGACCGCUGUACACAAUAGGCUCGACAGGAAGUGGAGCAGGCUUACGAGGGACUGCUACUAUCUUGAGGUAGUAUCAUUAACACUGCUACAUAAAAGUUGAUAUUUCUGUAUAAAUCUCAUUCCUAUUUUAUUGUUAACUGUCACUUGUUGCACGAACGAUUAUGAAAGAUGAAUUUCUAUCUUUCUUUUUGAGGAGCGGUUUAACGCUGAUUUCAUUCGUUUUGGUUUGUUCAAAGGUUUCUUAUUUUAGUAAUUAUUUUAAUUCCUUUUUUUCGCUGUUUCAGGCUGCAGUUCGAGUUCAGUGUUUGAGAAGCUUUGGAAUGAAGGUGGCUUCUACUCAGGUACCUUCCAUUUGGUUUGUAAUUAUAUUGGAGUUUCUUUCGAGAGAGCUCAGUAAUUUUAAGUGUUCAAAUACUUUUUGGUAACAACGUACUCUUUGGAGCGCUUUUCGAUUGAUUUUUGCCAAAAACAAAGCCAAUUAGGGUCAGUGGCGAAUCAGAACAAAGGGGAAAAUCGCGAAGGGUCAUUGACUUCUCAAAAGAAAAACAACCAAACUGUCAGAGGCAUAGGAAAACGUGAGAGAGAAAGUUUUACAUCUGAUUGCUUGGGAGAGUGGCACGAAUUUUCUCAACCAAUCACAGAGUGAAGGGAAGCAAGACCAAUGAAAUUCCGGAUUACUGACAAGGCUCAGUGAGAAAUUGCUCUAUUAUCUUUACUUUCGACAGGAGCUUAGUUCGUUCGAUUGGGACCCGAACACACAUCAGUUUGUUGGACCUCAGCAGAUGGCGGAACGAGAACAAAUGAUGGCUGUUGAUAAACGACCCGCAGCACCGCCUGUGGUGAGACAGGAAUUAUUUGGUUGAAUUAUUCACUUACAUUUUGUUGUCAAAAGGGAGAAGAAAAAGUGUUGAACACUGCCUUUCAGUUUCCUUUUCCUUUAAAGGUCGGGAAGGGGUGAGCGACUUAGAUCAGCAAAGACACAGCAUGACCGUUUUGUUUCUCUGUCUCUCAUUAUUAGGGAGAUCAUGAUAGACGAGCUAGAGUGAUGAAAGUGAUGGCGCAACAGUUAUUACAGGUAAUUUAAUCAUUUGAUGAUAUACAAUCAGUGACACCUGAAAGAGUCCAAUUUUUUGCGUUUAAUUUAUCCAUUUAUCACAUUGGAGCGCUUGAUCCGUUGCUCAUAUUUUUAAGGGAAAAAUAUGAGGAAAAGAGAUAACCCUAAAUACUGAGGACAGGGACGGAGUGUUUAAAAAUACAAGCCCACCAUUCCCCCAUUUCUCCCCCCCCCUUAAUACCGGUAGGACUGAGACUUGCCUCAUUUCAAGCCAAAUAAUUAGUGUGGUGGCAUGAUGAUCGGACCUGACGACGCAGUGAUUGAAGCACAAAAACUUCUUUACGAUUAUCUGAUAAUUUUCACUUUUAUCUAAAAACUUGUGGACUUGUGGAGUUCGGGGAUUAACCUCUCAAUCUAAUUGUAGUCGGAAGUGGCUGAACUAGAGAGCACCCUUAACGCAGCUCCUCAUGAUGGACCAGUUUAUGUUGUUCCUGAUGCUAUGGCACUUUGUACUCAGUUACAUCUGGUGCGAAGACUGAUCGCCUCGGAGAAACUUGUGGUCAUCAUUCCUAUCCAAGGUACAACCGCUUUUACUAGCUUGUAGGCAUCUUUCUUAGCGUUCUUUUAUUCGGUAUCAUUCCACUGUAGAACUAUUUACUUUGGAUUUUUUAAUUGCAGAUGUAAGUUGAAAGUCUUGAACGACCAAGAGUGUCGUUUUCGUGCUUUCCAUUUGUUAGCCAAUGAUGCACAUUUUCCCUUAAAAACUGGUUUCAUGGCGCCAGUGGUCUCAUUUUCCCGCACUUGACACUGGUUACACAAUUUCCCGCGCUUAAAAUCAGUUGGAUGGCGCCAGGUUCCUUAUUUUCCCGCACUCAACACUGGUUGCUUUCUUUUCCCUCGAUUUUCAAUGGUAACAAGUCAACCCAUUCUUGGCCUCGCUUAUCGAUUGGGGCACAGGAAGAAUUUCUUCUAAAUUUAGUGCAAACUCCGUUUUUAGAAAAGCUAUUUUUUUCACUUUUGGUUCGGGUUCUACAUUCUUUUGGUGUAUGAUUUUCUUGUAGUAAUUUCUGCGCUUGACGAUCUGAAAAAGUAUGACAGUGGUGCGAGAGAGGCUACUAAGUUUUUAGAGCAGGAGUUUAAAAAAGGCAACAGGUACUGAAAACGACUGAUUUCUUGUGUCACAUCAUUUUGUUUAAACUCUUCGUUUCUAUUUUGUGGUUGAACGCCUGCAAUGCUCGUAUCCUUUGCACUUGUUCCUUAGAUGGAUUAGAGCUCAAAAAGAGAAUGAAACCUUAGACGGACAACGGAGGCGCGGACGUUAUGAGGACGUGGCAGUGUGGUAAGAAUAUCAUUUCCUGGCUGCAGGCUGUUUAUUUCCUCGUUCGCUAAGUCUCAUCGGUGUUUUUAUGGGACAGCCAUCCCUUGCGAGAGAGAAUCGAAAAAAAGUCUCACAUUGGAAAUUGCUCUUCCAUUAGAGUGGCUUCAUUGUCAUAUGACUGAGGGUUUUGAGAAUAUUUACAGUUCGCUUUGUGUCAUUGCAUAACUCCAAUCUACGUCUCGGUUAUUGGGUUGGUUUUUUGCUCCGUGCUUAAUUACCGUUCACUUCAGGAAAUUUUGGUGAGUAUGGAAAGAAUGAACACAAUUGAAGAAAAAUUGUAAGAAUUUCAAGUAACAAACUUGAAAAGUUUCAGACGGGUCUCAGAAGAUAGCAAGUUUCGAAUGGAAAGUGAAGGUAGGAGAAAGGAACUUCUUAUUCUAUUAAUCAAUCACGCGAUCUGUAUGGAACAGUACCCACCCUUGGAUCCCGAGGCUGUCCGUGACUAAACAGCAAUUUUGUAUUUUGCAGGCGUUUCAAUCAAAUCGUCAGCUGUUGUCGCUACUUCCUGCGUCAAACUGGUAAGGGCCUCGUGACUUUACUAACCGGAAGUACCUCGUAUGAGGCUCCAAAGCGAGGCCAAAGAAAGGGUGUGACCUCUAGUGGUACCCAGGCUACCCCAGAAGCAGUGGAAUUUGCGCGAAGCUACGGAGUCAACGUGGAAUCACUUCGCGCGUUCUGUGCCCGGUUCUCCAAGCAGUAUAAGGCAGUUACGUGACGUUUCGUGGAAAUCCAGAUGUUCUGGAAGAGAUAAAGAUAUGAUGGGUUGUGCACCUAACCCUACCAACCUAAAAUGUAGGGCUGAAAAACAACAUGACCCAGCAAUACCAACCUAGCCGGGUGCAGUCUAUAGAUAAAGCAAACCACCACAGGGUAACCAGCUUGUUCCCUAUUGCUUAAGGAGAUGUUUAAGUGUAACCUUUCAAGUAUGGCACCCCUUUCCAAGAUAACGUUCUAAAAAUUGUAGACGAAUUUCAUUUCAGCCUUUAUAAAGGUGUGUGCGGCUUUCAUUAGCUGUUACAGCUCGCAAUUUCUGUGUUUGAAGCAAAACGUUCGGUUGUCAUUCGGCCAUCAAUGGCCAUACCUAUCAUGUAAGACAAAUCCUAUCUUCCUGCCUUCUCGACUUAAAUUUGUAUUUGAAGUAACAACUGUGGGAGGGUGGGGUCGUGAGUGAUUGGUAAUGAACACUAAGUUGUUGCAUCUCGAUAGUAGUCGGUUUGACCUCCGCCGAUUAUCUCGGAUUUUGUCUGAAAAUGUCAGUAAUCAAGGUAAAAGUUAAAAUAGGUAGACCGUGAUUUAUUGUGUUGGCUCUCAGCAAUCUUCAUUAUUAAGUGUUUUCCAAAAUGUUUCACGUCAUGACGGUAGAUAUGUUAAGCAAACACACUCGUUGCUGUCAAAAUUACGCUUUGUUGCUAAAUGUGCGUAGCUAAAUGUGCGUAAUAGUAUGAUAGGCGUGGGUAAAAGUACUUCCAUUUAUUUUCAUGAAUAACUUGGACCAUUAGAGACGGUUUUUCCUUUUAUUUAAAGGUGAUGGCAUACUGAUCCAUGUGAAAUGUAGAUUGUUAGCGUAAUGGAACCCAGCAUGAUUAGUUUGCUUGGAAAGACACGGUUUGAAAACCUUCCUGUUUGAAAAGUUUUUCUUUUGCACACUAUUUGAUCAUGGGGCAUGAUUCGACGUUGCUUGAUUGAUUCAUUUCACGCGCUUUUAAAAUAAACAUCGAGCAGAUGAGUAGUAAGGUGGCCGAAUAAGAAAAUGUUAGAUCUUGAAAGGUGUCAGAAAUCGACGUUGCAUUGAUGCAUUGUAGAGACAAUUAGUGAAUCAAUAAAUGUGUUUUCUUGGAC